AUGUCCUUAUACACCAAAACAACGGCUGACUUUAUACAAGAAUUCGGUUACCCUGUAGAACAGUAUAACGUGACAACAAAAGAUGGUUAUAUUUUAUCUCUGCACAGAAUACCGCGUUCACCAAAAAAUGAUCCACUUUUAAAAACUUUUCAAAAUUUUGACAAUAAAGUGGUGCUGUUGAUACCAGGAUUGUUUUCAAGUUCUGCUGAUUUUGUCCUGAUGGGACCUAACAAAUCAUUAGCUUUGUUUUUAUCAGACCAUGGUUAUGAUGUCUGGUUAGGCAAUAAUAGAGGUAAUAAAUAUUCGCGGAUGCACCAAAAUUUGGAUCCUGAUAGUAAUCUUGAAUAUUGGGACUUCAGUUGGCAUGAAAUGGGAACAGAAGAUCUGCCGACAAUUAUCGAUUUUGUUUUGAAAUUUACUGGGCAGUCCAAGUUGGAUUAUAUUGGGCACUCACAGGGUACAUGUGUAUUUUUCGUGAUGGCAUCGACAAAACCUGAAUACAAUCAGAAAAUCAGAUCAAUGCAUGCCUUGGCUCCGUCCAUCUUCAUGUCGCACAUGAAAAGCAACGCGCUGAACUGGGCGAACGUUUUAAUGGACACAGUACAUGCUACCGAAAAUAAUUCAAGAGAGAUGUUGCGUUAUGAUGGACGCAUCAGUGUAAGUCUUCGAAAAUUUUGCAUAAUGAGUAAGUUUUCUACGAGAAUGUGUUAUGAGAUUAUAUCAGACAUGAUCGGACGCGAUGAGGAACAACUGGAUCUCAUUGGCAUUAUUCCAUUAAUUUAUCACAAUUCGCCUGCAGGAUCUUCUACAAAUCAGAUAUUACACUUUUGGCAAAAUUAUAAUACAGAACGAGGGCCAUACGGCGAAGCCGAUGGCCAGUCGGACGACAUAGACAGUGUGUUUAAAAUCGGUUCAAGUGUAGCAGGCGAUACGAUUAAUGAUAGUGUUGCUAAUAAAAAUAAUAAUACACAAAAUUGGGCAGAAGAAUUGGAAGAAGGCGAAAAUAAUAAUGAUCAAAGUGAUGUAAUUAGUAGCAGAAGUUCAAUCCAUCAUUCCAAGCUAGAAAACCAUCCAAAUCAUCUUAUAGCACCUCUACUUAUGACUCCGUCUACUAGAAGGUUGAAGAGAAAAAUUCCUUUGGACUUGACAUAA